CGAUUAUGUCAAGGAGCACAAAUUAAAAACAGGUAAUUCACCCUUUUCUAUACCAGUUUUAAGGCUCAAAUUCCUUUAUCAACGGACUCGCAUCUUUGGUCGAUAUUUUAUUCCCUUUUCACGUAUCGCCAAAAUGGCUGUUGAUAAGGCGAAAGAAGAUAUUAAUCACAUUUUGUUUACAAUCAACAGAAAGUUCGAAGUACAAUUUACGAAAUGGGAGGCAGAUUCAAAAGUUUUCGAAGCUAAAAUCAAAACGCAAAUACCAUCCGGCAACGAAGAUUUCAAUAAAUUAUGCGACGAAUGGGUGGAUAUAUUUUCUGAACUUACAGAUACAAUAUGGGCUAAAAAAACGUCAAAUACCGGACCUAAAAUAAGGUUUAGAAAGCAAUACCAAUGUUGGACUGGUGAAGGGAAGAUUGUCAAGAAAGAAUUGUUGUUUGAUAGAACGAGAUGUAAAGGAUGCCUGGAUUUGAAAGUUUUGUCUGAUAAUCCUUUAUGCAAGAGGAAAAAUAAACAUGUUAGACAAGGAUUGAAUCUUGCUAUUAAAAUGACUUUUCAACAUUUACAUCCAGUCGACACCGCUAUUCCAUUUGCAUUUUUCGUGCAUCACUGUUCGCCUCAACAAAACAUUCCACAGUUACAAAUUCAACCAAAUACAAGACUUCCAGAAUUAGUAGCAGCCAUGGUACAAAACGGACCUGUAGUUUCCAGGAAAGCUGCAGAGAAAGCAGAGAAAAUCAUCGCUAAAUUAAAUGAGGCAACAGAUAAUACUACUAAUAACUCGACUGAUGAUCAGACAGAGACAAACGAAAUUAUUGUUAAUUACGAAGAGAAUGCUCAUAAAGAAGAUAUUAAUGAACAAAUUCAGCCUGUGUGUGUAGAAGUUUUAGGUAGUACUCCUGUAGAUCCAGUGGAGCCUAUAAAAUUAGAAACAUACCUAACUGAUCCACAGUAUGCUCAAUUUGUUUUAAACGCGCCUCAGUUCGAUUUUACCGAUCAAGUUCUUAUGUAUCAACCGUUCGUAUUGGACGUUCCUCAAUUUAUUGCUUUGGCACCUACUAAUAUGACGCAGCAAUUUUUACAUAUUCAACCGAAAACGGAAAGUUCACAUCAGGGCGGACAAAUUUUAUAAAACAAAUAUUUUUAUGUUGGUCUUACUAAGAACCAAAAAUGUUACUUUAUUGAGUUUUAUGGUUCAAAUGGAAACGCUUAUGUGCUGGAAAUAUGGGUGUUGCUGGACUGAAAGAAGAACGAAUUAUUUACAAGACUUAUUCAAAGGUUUUUUUUAACCCUUCUGCUUAAUGUGGAUAAAUGGCCUCUCACCAUCGAGUAUUGCGUUGUAAUUUCUAUAUUUUAGAAGAAAAAACAGCAUUACAUUAAUGCAGGGAUAUUAAACAAGUCUCAUAACCAUAACUCAAGUGGAUACAUAAAAAGUAUCAGAUCGUACUAGGUUCCAAAUCUUCAGAUUCACCCGACUAAAGCCUCCUGAGUUUAUACAAGUCUCACCAUAUUCAACUAUGGCCUUCAUAAAAAAGGUGUGGGGCUUGUACAGUAAACUAUCUAGUAAGGGCCAGUAAAAUAAUCGAUUAUUUUCGGCGAAUCGAUUAUUUUCGGUAAAUCGAUUGUCUUCGACUAAUCGAUUAUUUUCCAUUAAUUGAUUAUUUUCGACUAAUAUAUUAUUUUUGGUGAAUCGAUUGUUUUCGAUUAAUCGAUUAUUUUCCAUCAAUCGAUAAUUUUUGACUAAUAUAUUAUAUUUUCAGUGACUCGAUUAUUUUUAUUAUAUCGAUUAUUUUCCAUUAACCGAUUAUUUUCGAUUAUUCGAUAUAAUCGAACAUUUUCUACUUAUCGAUUAUUUUCGAUUAUAUGACAUCGUCUUGUCCUUCAGAUCAUAUUAAGUUUAACUGUGUAGCUUCUUAAAGAUUAUGAAAAAUACUGCAGUAAACAUUAUUAUUAAAACGUAUCUUUACUUCAACUCGUUUAUUUUAUAAACGAUAACACUUUUAUAAACGACAAUAACUUAUAAACGACAAAAACUUUAUAAAC